UCGGCGGUCUUUUCAGCUUCACACUUUUUGAAAAAAGCCACGUCAAUAAAAACCCCUCAACUCCGAAUCUCUCCCCCUCGAAGCAAGCCCCAGUCCAUCUGUCCAAUCAUCGAGAGCACUCUCCAUUCUUUGUCCUCGAUCGCAACUCGAUUCCUUAAUCCGCCAUGGCGAACGAGGUGACUGAUCAAAAGCCAGAGGUAGCCUCGUCCUCCCUGUUCUCUUCCUUCAUGUCUUUCGUCCUCCCAACAGCUCAUGCUGAGGCGGAUGACGGCGAUAAGGACGGCAAGGAUGACGAGCCUGAGGACAUUGCUCCCGCUAUCAGGGAAGGCUGCGAGGCCAACGAAUGCGCCAAAUAUGCCCACCACUUCCAAGCUUGUCAAGAGAAGGUCGAAGCUGGCAAGGGAUGGCAAGGCGAGGACUGCGUGGAUGAAAUGUUCCACAUGAUGCACUGUGUCGACGCUUGUGCCGCCCCCAAGCUCUUCAAAAAGCUUGCAUGAUCGAUCAUACGCUUUUGUGAAUGCAUCGAAUACAAAUUGAUGGGAACGAUCCACCCGAGGAAGGCAUAG